AUGUGUGAAGAAACCCAUAAUUAUCUUUGGGCAACGCAAGAUAUACUCGGACAUGGUGCCACAUCACAAGUUUACAAAGCAUAUAACAAAUCAACAGGCGAACUAGUCGCUGCUAAAGUCUAUCAGGUCUCAUCAAAUCAACGUGCACCUCAUGGAGGCCAUCAAAAUUAUGCUCGAGAGAAAGAUUUUCGUCCGAUACUGGAUCGCGAGAUGGAUAUAUUGAAAGCUGCUGACCAUGAAAAUAUUGUUCGAUAUAUUGCACUUGAACCUGUUAUUUCAUCAGAUUCAACGCAUGCAUCAGGCAGCCGUGAAGCUUUAUUAAUCGAAUAUUGUAAUGGCGGAAGUUUACAUAAUGUUCUUGAACUGCCUGAAAAUCGUUACGGUCUCAUGGAAGACGACUUUAUGCUGGUUUUCAAACACUUGACAAACGCCCUCAAGUAUUUACAUGAUAAAAAUACUAUUCACCGUGAUAUCAAACCAGAUAAUAUUAUGCUUUCAAUCAAUAUCAAUGGUGAACGUACAUACAAAUUAGCAGAUUUAGGUGUUGCUCGUCUUAUCAACGAAGGUGAAAACGCCUUUACGUCAUUAGUUGGCACUGAAGAAUAUAUUCACCCUGAUCUGUAUCGUGCUGCCGUCCGUGACAAUAAAACAAAUGUUUUACGAACAGCUCUACAAACGCGUGUUGAUUUUCCGUUCGAAGUUGAUUUAUGGUCACUUGGUGUUACACUCUAUCAAUGUGCCACUGGCGAACUUCCAUUUCAACCAUUUGCUGGCACACGUAAAGAUCGAACAGUGAUGAAACGCAUCCUAGACUCUAAACCAACAGGCUGUAUCUCUGGUGUGGAAAACACUCCAGGCGGAGAAAUUCAAUGGUCAAAGACAUUACCAGCGUCUUGUCGUCUGUCACCGAACUUAAAACAUCGUUUAGAAACCUUAUUACAACGUCUAUUAGAAUCUGAACGAAGUAAACUAAUGACCUUCAGAGAAUUUUUUACGGAGACAGAUCGUAUUCUCAAUCUAAUACCAAUCUAUUACUUAAACUUAAAGCUUUUCAAAUUGUCCUGUGGUUAUUUUGAACCGUCACAAUCGAUAACCAAGUUAUACGAUGAAUUACAACAACAAAAUGGAGAUGAAAAUAACGAAGAUUACUACUGUCUAUUUCAAAAUGUACCAUAUCCAAUAUCGAAGAGUAAACCAAUGUCAAUAAGAACAUUCUGUGAACAAUUACCAAUUCCUACAUCACGCGAAACUCCAUUAGUGUUUUAUACAUUCUCACCAAUCAAAAAUGGUGAUUCACAUUCACCUAAAGUUCACAUUCCUGAUGUUAAACCUAUUCGACAAUAUAACGACGUUGCUGCUGCAUGCGAGUGGAGUAAAGAUAUUGUUGGCUUGUUUUUCUACGUAAAAACGCAACUGAUCGAAUAUCAACAUAUUCUUCAAACAGCUCAAUGUUCAACAACCAUCAUGCAACAGCAUUUGAAAUCAAAAUUAUUGGAAUUUCUCUGCUCAAUUCGUUCGAAAUUAAUCGUGUUUCGUGCAAUUGAAGAAUUGAAAAACAUUCUUGAUCAAAUCGAUAAUAAUACGAGUGGCCAAGUGACACCAACAAGUGGUUUAUCAUUAAAUUAUAAUGGUACAAAUGUUUCAGGUGGAAGAGGACACUCGGCCAAUAGUGGCGAAACGCCCGCAAUUGGCUUCUCGCAUCUAUUAAAUAAUCCAGCAUCAGCUGAUAGCAGUUUAUCGCCAGUUUCAGGCCGUCGUCAAUCAUCAACGUCUCCUAUGCAACUCAUUCAACAAAGUAUUCGAAUUUAUCUUCGUUCGUAUCUUCAACCCUAUGAACAAUUGAAGAAAUGCGAACAGGAUAUUUUACAAAUGAUCGAAAAAGAGUUCGGUGGACAGUUAGGUAUGAUUGAUGAUAAGCAACCAUAUGUCAAUACACUUUGGUUAUCACAUCGUACGAAAACGUAUUCCUCAUGGAUUCAUCGCAUUGACAAACAGCUCAAAGAUCUCAAUGAUCUUCAUGAAAGUUUUCGUAAGGAUCGCUUGUUAAGUACCUACAAUCGUUUACAAAGUGACUCACACUUUCGUCGCCGAAAAAACCUCGAGCAAUUACAUGAUAAAUACGUUCGUUUUGCAACGGAUGAAUGUUAUCCGAAUCUCGUUCAAAUUUUUCAUGAUUACAACGAAUGGAUCAAGCAACGUUCAAAUAUGAUUCGCGAUUUCGAACGUAUCCAACAAUCCUACGACAAACAAUGUGAAGACAUCAUGAAUUACGUCGAAAUGAUUGAUAACCUUCGAACAGUUGUCUAUAAAAACAUUCGCGAACUUACUGGCACGCCUACCUUUCCGAUACCUGACGAUCAUUACCCACCAGCAAUAUCCGCUCCUGUUCGACAUGAACGUACUAGCUCAAAUGAUCCGAUUACAACAAAUAAUAAUCGUCCGUACCAUAUUCAUCAACAAACAACGCAGCCUGGAGGUGAAGAUGAUGACACUGGCGAUAAUCCAAACAAAACAUUCAUAAACAAAAUUCGUGGCACAACGAAAAAGACCAUUCAACAUGCUGAAGAAGGACUUAAUAAAUUAGAUGGAGUUAUCAAACAACUUCGCACUAAUAUACAAAAGAAAUAA